UCCUGGUUAGGUUGUAAAGUUAGGAGACGAUUUUCAAUGGCGGCUUCUUCGCGGCAGCUGUCGUCUUUCUUCAUCCUGCUCGUAGUUUUCACAACAUUACUACUGAUCUACUGUCUCGUUCCGUAUGGGGUAUCGUCAAGUUUCAGGUUACCGUCACUUAAACAGAGAAUCCAGGCGAGAAAGAUCUCCUCUGUGGAAGACGUGAAAGAUACUACAGCUAGGGUUUUGAAAGUAGAGAGUCGACCUCAAUCAAGAAAGCUGGCGUCAAAGCCCAACGAAAAGGCCAACCGCAUAAGGCUUUUGACCUUCAAGUAUUUUAGGACGUUCGAAAACUUUGCGUAUUUUUCGGAAUUCGCCCAAAACCGUUUGAAGUGCAAAAGAGGGAAACGCUGUAUGACAGCAACACCCGUCCGCCAUUACCACACAUGCGCAAUCGUGGGAAACGGCGGGAUUCUCCUGGACAGCAGUUGUGGGAACGAGAUCGACAAUCACAAUUACGUCAUCAGAAUCAACAUGGCGCCCAUCAAAGGUUAUGAAAAGGACGUUGGAAGCAAAUCGAACAUGACGUUCGUCAACCUACAGAAGACCCUGGAGCUACGGAAAGACCUGAUGUCCAGAAGAAAGAGGAAGGGGGUACUCAAAAACUUGGCUCCUCUAAACGGGAGCGUCAUCAGCUACGUCAAACCAAACACCGCUUCCGUUACACGGGCUCUGGAGGCGCUCAGUUCCGUGCUGAAGAAAAAUAACCUUGACGUCACCAUCACGUAUUCAUUACGUAAUGUACCGGUAGUGAUGACCAGGAUGCUUAGGUCAACCCUGAUUUCCGAGAUGAAGUCUCCAACAUCCGGUCUCAUCGCCUACAUCCUGGGAACGACGUUCUGUGACGUCAUCACCCUAUACGGUUUCUACCCGUUCACCACGGACAUGCGCAACAGGACGCUGUUUUAUCAUUACUAUGAUCAUAUUCCCGUUAAUCACAGAAAUAGGCAUAACUUUAAUAUUGAAUAUGACUUUCUCAGGUCUGAAAACCAGACUGCGUCGGUAAGAUUGGUUACGGACAUAUGUACAUGAAAUUAACAAAUAACGAAAUUUCAUCUGA